AUGGCGGCGUCCGCGAAACUGGUCCGAGGGGGCGUUCAGGAAGGCGCGGGGAACGUGGAAGCGCGAGUUCUAGAACCCGGGGCUGCCCCUUACGGAAACUUCCCUCAUUAUUCCCGCUUCCACCCUCCGGAGCAAAGGCUCCGCCUGCUGCCCCCGGAGCUGCUCAGGCGGCUCUUUCCUCCCGAGGGUCCCGACACGAGGCCGAUCCUGGGGCUCGACGUGGGGUGUAACUCCGGGGAUCUGAGUGUGGCUCUAUACAAACACUUCCUCUCCGUGCAUGACGGGGAGGCCAGCUCAGAGGCCUUGGAUCUCCGUCUGCUCUGCUGUGACAUAGACCCAGACCUGGUGGAACGAGCUGAGAAAGAAUGUCCUUUCCCCAACGCCUUGACCUUCAUCACCCUGGACUUCAUGAAUCAAAGGACGCGCAAGGUCCUCUUGAGUUCUUUCUUAAACCAGUUUGGACGUUCAGUGUUCGACAUUGGCUUCUGCAUGUCAAUCACCAUGUGGAUCCACCUGAACCAUGGCGACCACGGCCUGAGGGAGUUCCUGGCCCAUCUGUCCUCCCUCUGCCGCUACCUGCUGGUGGAACCACAGCCCUGGAAGUGUUACCGGGCAGCUGCACGGCGUCUCCGCAAGCUCGGACUCCAUGACUUCGAUCACUUCCACUCCCUGGCCAUCCGAGGGGACAUGGACACGCAGAUUGUGCAGAUCCUGACCCAGGACCAUGGCAUGGAAUUGGUAUGCUGUUUUGGCAGCACCAGUUGGGACCGAAGCCUUCUGCUCUUCAAGGCAAAAACCAUAGAUUCAUCCAACCCCUAGAUCACUGCUGUAAGAAGGGAAAGAGAGGAACUAAUGAUUCUAGAAGAAGAUCAAGAGACAAUGAGAGGGUUCUAUACUGGGAAUUGUGCUCUCUCUAUUUAGCCUUCAAGUAGUCUCAAAACCUGGCAGAAGCUUUUGGCAGCAGUUUACAAGGCCUGCAGUGGAAGAAAUCUGUUUCUAUUACUUUAGACAGUCCCUGAGUAGAACAAAUCCAUAGAACAAUGGGUUUGGCCGUCUGGGUUCAUAAUCUGAAUCUCUGAAACAUCUUUUUAAAGACCAGUCAAUGCGGACUGGUGCCGUAGCAUAGUGCGUCAAGCCUCUGGCUGUGCUGCCAGCAUCCCCUAGGAGUUCUGGCAGCUACACUUCCAAUCUAGCUUCCUGCUAAUGUGCCUGGGAGAGCAGAGGAUGGCCCAAGUCCUUGGGCCUCUGCACCCAGAUGGUGACCUGGAAGAAGCUCCUGGAGGUCAGUACAUGAUCUCCGAAUGAUUACAGUGGUCCCAGAGCUGAAGUUGGCCUCUCUGGGAUCUUAAUGGAGGAACACUCCAGAAACCUUGUGACCCUGCUGGGGACACUCAUGAAGCCAGUCCCGAGAACCGGGCUAAAUGUUGUCCCCCAAGUUGUCGACAUUCCAGCUCCUCACAGCUGUGAAUGUUGCCUUGGAGAGCAAACAGAUUCUGCAGAUGUGAUUAAGAAUUAAGGAUGGGAAGAUGAGCCUGCAUCAUUGGAAUGGGCAGCAUUCCAAUGUCCUUGUAAGAUGACAGCAGUGGGAGGUUCGGCCACAGAAGAAGGUGCUAAGACAGAAGCAAGAGGCCGGAGUGACGUGAGGGAGGGCUGCAAGCCAAGGAAUUCCGGAGGCUUCUGGAAUUACAAAAGGCCAGGAAAUGAAUUCUGCCGCGGGGCCUGCAAUAGCAUGCCUGCCACCACCUUGAUUUUACAUUGUUGACCUGCAGAUCUGUAAGAAUAAAUCUGUAUUGUUUCAAACCA